GCGGGCGCGAGGGGAGGCGCGGGGCCGGGCGCGCCGAACAAUAGACGCGGGCGGGCGGCCGGCGCGGGAGCGGCAGCGGGCGGCCAGCGCCCCGGAGCGCCCAUGGGGCGGCGCGUCCCGUCCUGAGGCGGCCGCGCCCCGCCCGCCGCCCCGACCCCGCGGCCGCCGCAGUCAUGAACCCCCCGGAGGGGGCCGCGGACGAGGGAGGAGCCGCCGACUCGGACGUGGACGCCUUUUUCCGCACAGGAUCUUUUCGGAAUGAUGGUUUGAAAGCUUCUGAUGUCCUUCCCAUCUUAAAGGAAAAAGUGGCCUUCGUGUCUGGGGGCCGUGAUAAGCGAGGUGGACCCAUCCUGACCUUCCCUGCUCGCAGCAAUCAUGACAGAAUAAGACAGGAAGACCUGCGGAAACUGGUGACCUAUUUGGCCAGUGUGCCAAGCGAGGACGUGUGCAAACGUGGCUUCACUGUCAUCAUCGACAUGCGGGGCUCCAAGUGGGACCUCAUUAAGCCCCUCCUUAAGACACUGCAGGAAGCCUUUCCAGCUGAGAUCCAUGUGGCCCUCAUCAUCAAACCCGACAACUUCUGGCAGAAGCAGAAGACCAAUUUUGGCAGCUCCAAAUUCAUCUUUGAGACGAGCAUGGUGUCUGUGGAGGGCCUCACCAAGCUGGUGGACCCCUCCCAGCUGACCGAGGAGUUUGAUGGCUCGCUGGACUACAACCACGAGGAGUGGAUUGAGCUGCGGCUCUCGUUGGAGGAGUUCUUCAACAGCGCCGUGCACCUGCUCUCGCGCCUUGAGGACCUCCAGGAGAUGCUGGCCCGGAAGGAGUUCCCCGUAGACGUGGAGGGCUCUCGGCGGCUCAUUGAUGAGCACACGCAGCUCAAGAAGAAGGUGCUGAAGGCCCCCGUGGAGGAGCUGGACCGGGAGGGGCAGCGGCUGCUGCAGUGCAUUCGCUGCAGCGACGGCUUCUCAGGGCGCAACUGCAUCCCGGGCAGCGCAGACUUCCAGAGCCUGGUGCCCAAGAUCACCAGCCUGCUGGACAAGCUGCACUCCACCCGGCAACACCUGCACCAGAUGUGGCACGUGCGGAAGCUCAAGCUAGACCAAUGCUUCCAGUUGCGGCUCUUCGAGCAGGAUGCAGAGAAGAUGUUCGACUGGAUAAGCCACAACAAGGAGUUAUUCCUCCAGAGCCAUACGGAGAUUGGAGUCAGCUACCAGCACGCCCUAGACCUCCAGACGCAACACAAUCACUUUGCCAUGAACUCUAUGAAUGCCUAUGUCAACAUCAAUCGCAUCAUGUCUGUGGCUUCCCGCCUCUCUGAAGCUGGCCAUUAUGCCUCGCAGCAAAUCAAGCAGAUUUCCACGCAGCUGGACCAGGAGUGGAAGAGCUUUGCAGCUGCUCUGGAUGAGCGCAGCACCAUUCUGGCCAUGUCUGCCGUAUUCCACCAGAAGGCCGAGCAGUUCUUGUCAGGAGUCGAUGCCUGGUGCAAGAUGUGCAGUGAAGGAGGCCUGCCUUCUGAGAUGCAAGACCUUGAGCUGGCCAUCCACCACCACCAGUCCUUGUAUGAGCAGGUGACCCAGGCUUACACAGAGGUGAGCCAGGAUGGCAAAGCCUUGCUGGAUGUGCUGCAGCGUCCCCUGAGUCCUGGGAACUCAGAGUCCCUCACAGCCACAGCAAACUACUCCAAGGCGGUUCAUCAGGUGCUAGACGUGGUGCAUGAGGUCCUGCACCACCAGCGGCGGCUCGAGAGCAUCUGGCAGCAUCGAAAGGUGCGGCUGCACCAGCGGCUGCAGCUCUGUGUCUUCCAGCAAGAUGUCCAGCAGGUGUUGGACUGGAUUGAAAAUCAUGGUGAGGCCUUUCUCAGCAAACACACAGGGGUUGGCAAGUCCCUACAUCGAGCUCGGGCCCUGCAGAAGAGACAUGAUGACUUUGAAGAGGUGGCUCAGAACACAUACACCAAUGCAGACAAGCUCCUAGAGGCAGCAGAGCAGCUGGCGCAGACCGGGGAAUGUGACCCCGAGGAGAUCUACAAGGCAGCCCGACACCUGGAGGUGCGCAUCCAGGACUUCGUGCGCAGAGUGGAGCAGCGGAAACUUCUGCUGGACAUGUCCGUCUCCUUCCACACGCACACCAAAGAGUUGUGGACAUGGAUGGAAGAUCUUCAGAAGGAGAUGCUGGAGGAUGUCUGUGCAGACUCGGUAGAUGCAGUGCAGGAACUGAUCAAGCAGUUCCAGCAGCAGCAAACUGCCACUCUGGAUGCCACACUCAAUGUCAUCAAGGAAGGCGAAGACCUUAUCCAGCAGCUCAGGUCAGCGCCUCCCUCCCUGGGGGAGCCCAGCGAGGCCAGGGACUCAGCUGUCUCCAACAACAAGACACCCCACAGUAGCUCCAUCAGCCAUAUAGAGUCAGUCCUGCAGCAGCUGGAUGACGCCCAGGUGCAGAUGGAGGAGCUAUUCCAUGAGCGGAAAAUCAAGCUGGACAUCUUCCUGCAGCUGCGCAUCUUUGAGCAAUAUACCAUAGAGGUGACAGCAGAGCUGGAUGCUUGGAAUGAAGACCUGCUUCGACAGAUGAAUGAUUUCAACACGGAGGAUCUGACGCUGGCUGAGCAGCGACUGCAGCGGCACACGGAGCGGAAACUGGCCAUGAACAACAUGACGUUCGAGGUGAUCCAGCAAGGCCAGGACCUGCACCAGUACAUCAUGGAGGUGCAGGCCUCAGGAAUCGAGUUAAUAUGUGAGAAAGACAUUGAUCUGGCAGCCCAGGUACAAGAGCUAUUGGAGUUCCUCCAUGAGAAGCAACAUGAAUUGGAACUCAAUGCAGAGCAGACCCAUAAGCGACUUGAGCAGUGCCUCCAACUGCGGCACCUACAGGCUGAGGUCAAACAGGUCCUGGGAUGGAUCCGCAACGGAGAGUCGAUGCUCAGUGCCAGCCUGGUCAAUGCCAGCUCUUUGUCUGAAGCAGAGCAGCUGCAGCGGGAGCACGAGCAGUUCCAACUGGCCAUCGAGUCCCUCUUUCAUGCCACUUCCUUGCAGAAGACGCACCAGAGCGCCCUGCAGGUGCAGCAGAAAGCUGAGGCGCUGCUUCAGGCUGGACACUAUGAUGCCGAUGCCAUUCGGGAGUGUGCUGAGAAGGUGGCUCUCCACUGGCAGCAGCUCAUGCUCAAGAUGGAAGACAGGCUCAAACUAGUCAACGCUUCCGUGGCAUUCUACAAGACUUCUGAACAGGUUUGUAGUGUGCUGGAGAGCUUAGAGCAAGAGUACCGGAGAGAUGAAGACUGGUGCGGUGGACGAGAUAAGUUGGGACCAGCAGCAGAGAUUGACCACGUCAUUCCACUUAUCAGCAAACAUCUGGAACAAAAGGAGGCCUUUCUUAAGGCUUGCACGCUGGCGCGGAGGAACGCCGAAGUGUUUCUCAAGUACAUCCACAGGAACAACGUCAGCAUGCCCAGUGCCGCUAGCCACACCCGUGGGCCUGAGCAGCAGGUGAAAGCCAUCUUGAGUGAGCUCUUACAGAGGGAGAAUCGAGUUCUGCAUUUCUGGACCCUGAAGAAGCGACGGUUAGACCAGUGCCAGCAAUAUGUGGUAUUUGAGCGCAGCGCUAAACAGGCACUGGACUGGAUCCAAGAAACAGGUGAAUUUUACCUUUCAACACAUACCUCCACUGGAGAGACCACAGAGGAGACUCAGGAGCUGCUGAAAGAAUAUGGGGAGUUCAGGGUCCCUGCCAAGCAAACAAAGGAGAAGGUGAAGCUCUUGAUUCAGCUGGCUGACAGCUUUGUGGAGAAGGGACACAUUCAUGCCACAGAGAUCAGGAAAUGGGUGACCACUGUGGACAAGCAUUACAGAGACUUCUCCCUGAGGAUGGGGAAGUACCGGUACUCCCUGGAGAAAGCGCUGGGCGUCAACACGGAGGACAACAAGGACCUGGAGCUGGACAUCAUCCCAGCAAGCCUUUCAGAUAGGGAGGUCAGGCUGCGGGAUGCCAACCAUGAGGUCAAUGAAGAGAAGAGGAAGUCAGCCCGGAAGAAAGAAUUCAUCAUGGCUGAGCUGCUCCAGACGGAAAAGGCUUAUGUAAGAGACUUGCAUGAGUGCUUGGAGACCUACCUGUGGGAAAUGACCAGUGGUGUGGAAGAGAUUCCCCCUGGGAUCCUAAAUAAAGAACAUAUCAUCUUUGGCAACAUCCAGGAGAUCUAUGAUUUCCAUAACAACAUCUUCCUCAAGGAGCUGGAGAAGUAUGAGCAGCUUCCUGAGGAUGUGGGACACUGCUUUGUUACCUGGGCGGACAAAUUUCAGAUGUAUGUCACCUACUGUAAAAACAAGCCUGAUUCCAACCAGCUGAUCCUGGAGCACGCAGGCACUUUCUUUGACGAGAUCCAGCAGCGGCACGGCCUGGCCAACUCCAUCUCUUCCUACCUAAUUAAACCUGUUCAGAGGAUCACCAAGUAUCAGCUGCUCCUGAAGGAACUUUUAACUUGCUGUGAAGAAGGGAAAGGGGAGCUCAAGGAUGGCCUGGAGGUGAUGCUCAGUGUCCCAAAGAAAGCCAAUGAUGCCAUGCACGUCAGCAUGCUAGAAGGGUUUGAUGAGAACCUGGACGUACAGGGGGAGCUGAUCCUCCAGGACGCCUUCCAAGUGUGGGACCCGAAGUCUCUCAUCCGAAAGGGGCGGGAGCGGCAUUUGUUCCUCUUUGAGAUCUCCUUGGUCUUUAGCAAAGAGAUCAAAGACUCUUCAGGACACACGAAAUAUGUUUACAAGAACAAGCUACUGACCUCAGAGCUGGGUGUGACCGAGCACGUAGAGGGCGAUCCCUGCAAAUUCGCCUUGUGGUCUGGGCGCACCCCAUCCUCAGACAAUAAGACAGUGCUGAAAGCCUCCAACAUAGAAACUAAGCAGGAGUGGAUCAAGAAUAUACGGGAGGUGAUUCAAGAAAGGAUAAUUCACCUGAAAGGAGCUUUAAAGGAGCCAAUUCAGCUCCCCAAAACACCAGCCAAACAGAGGAACAAUAGUAAGAGGGAUGGAGUAGAGGAGAUUGACAGCCAGGGGGAUGGGAGCAGCCAGCCUGACACCAUCUCCAUUGCCUCUAGAACUUCUCAGAACACAGUGGACAGUGACAAGGUCACGAAAGCAGGACACUACCAGCUUUCCAGAAGUCCCCUGUGUGCCCCUCCCUGGUCACAACCCUGUCCUUCUCCCCUAAAGCUGUCCGGAGGAUGCGAGCUGACCGUGGUCCUGCAGGACUUCAGCGCGGCACACAGCAGCGAGCUGAGCGUCCAGGUGGGCCAGACCGUGGAGCUGCUGGAGCGGGCCAGCGAGCGGCCCGGCUGGUGUCUGGUCCGCACCACGGAGCGGAGCCCCCCGCAGGAAGGCCUGGUCCCCAGCAGCGUCCUGUGCAUCUCCCACUCUCGGAGCAGCGUGGAGAUGGACUGCUUCUUUCCCUUGGUGAAAGAUGCAUAUUCCCAUUCCUCGAGUGAAAAUGGAGGCAAGUCUGAGUCAGUGGCCAACCUGCAGGCUCAGUCCUCCCUGAACUCCAUUCAUAGCUCUCCCGGGCCCAAGCGUUCCACCAACACCCUGAAGAAAUGGCUGACGAGUCCCGUGCGCCGCCUCAACAGUGGGAAAGCAGAUGGAAACAUCAAGAAGCAGAAGAAAGUACGGGAUGGCAGGAAGAGCUUCGACCUGGGAUCUCCUAAGCCUGGGGAUGAAACAACCCCACAGGGAGACAGCGCUGAUGAGAAGAGCAAGAAAGGUUGGGGUGAAGAUGAGCCAGAUGAAGAGUCACACACACCUCUCCCUCCACCUAUGAAGAUCUUCGACAAUGACCCUACCCAGGACGAGAUGUCCUCCUCUUUGCUAGCAGCUCGGCAGGCUUCCGCCGAAGUACCUACUGCCGCAGACCUUGUCAAUGCAAUAGAACAGUUGGUCAAAAGCAAGCUGAGUCUGGAAGGAGGCUCCUAUCGGGGGAGUUUGAAAGACCCCACAGGCUGCCUGAAUGAGGGAAUGAGCCCUCCCACACCUCCUAGAAACCUGGAAGAAGAACAGAAAGCCAAGGCCCUGAGAGGCAGGAUGUUUGUCCUGAAUGAGCUGGUACAAACAGAGAAAGACUAUGUCAAGGAUCUGGGGAUUGUGGUGGAGGGCUUCAUGAAAAGAAUAGAGGAGAAGGGCGUUCCCGAGGACAUGCGGGGGAAGGACAAGAUCGUGUUUGGGAACAUCCACCAGAUCUAUGACUGGCACAAAGACUUUUUCCUGGCUGAACUGGAGAAAUGCCUCCAGGAGCAAGACAGAUUGGCCCAGCUCUUCAUCAGACAUGAGAGGAAGCUGCACAUCUACGUGUGGUACUGCCAGAACAAGCCACGCUCCGAGUACAUCGUGGCUGAGUAUGACACCUACUUUGAAGAAGUCAAGCAGGAAAUCAACCAAAGGCUCACACUGAGUGACUUCCUCAUCAAACCCAUUCAGAGAAUAACAAAGUACCAGUUGCUCCUCAAGGACUUCCUGAGAUACAGCGAGAAGGCCGGUUUGGAGUGCUCAGAUAUUGAGAAAGCAGUGGAGUUAAUGUGCCUUGUUCCCAAACGCUGCAAUGACAUGAUGAAUCUGGGGCGCCUGCAGGGCUUUGAGGGCACCCUUACCGCACAGGGCAAGCUGCUGCAGCAGGACACUUUCUACGUGAUUGAGCUGGAUGCAGGCAUGCAGUCUCGGACCAAGGAGAGGCGCGUGUUCCUCUUUGAGCAAAUUGUCAUCUUCAGUGAACUGCUCAGGAAGGGCUCUCUCACCCCUGGCUACAUGUUCAAGAGGAGCAUCAAGAUGAAUUACUUGGUUCUGGAGGAGAACGUGGACAAUGAUCCCUGCAAAUUUGCACUCAUGAACCGGGAGACUUCAGAGCGGGUCAUCCUACAGGCCGCCAAUGCCGACAUCCAGCAGGCCUGGGUGCAGGACAUCAGCCAAGUCUUAGAAACACAGCGAGAUUUCUUAAAUGCACUACAAUCACCCAUUGAGUAUCAGCGGAAAGAACGAAGCACAGCUGUGAUGAGGGCACAACCUUCAAGGGUACCUCAAGCUAGCCCCCGGCCAUAUUCCUCUGUCCCCGUGGGCUCUGAGAAGCCCCCAAAGGGCCCCAGCUAUAACCCGCCUCUGCCACCUCUGAAGAUAUCUACCUCCAAUGGCAGUCCAGGGUUUGACUACCACCAGCCUGGGGACAAGUUCGAAGUCAGCAAGAGUGACCUGGGCAGCUGCAGCGGGACUUCGUCCAUGGCCGUGAUCAAAGAUUACUACGCACUGAAGGAGAAUGAAAUCUGUGUGAACCAAGGGGAGGUGGUCCAGGUCCUCGCCGUCAACCAGCAGAACAUGUUCCUGGUGUACCAACCAGCCAGCGACCAUUCCCCUGCCGCUGAGGGCUGGGUCCCAGGAAGCAUCCUGGCACCCCUCACCAAAGCCACGGCAGCCACAGAAAAUAGUGACAGCAGCAUCAAGAAGUCAUGUUCAUGGCAUACUCUACGCAUGAGAAAGCGGGCGGAAGUGGAGAGCACGGGUAAAAAUGAAGCCACAGGGCCUCGUAAACCCAAGGAUAUUCUGGGCAACAAAGUCUCUGUUAAAGAGACGAACAGUUCCGAGGAGUCAGAGUGCGAUGAUCUUGACCCUAAUACUAGCAUGGAGAUCUUAAAUCCCAAUUUCAUCCAAGAAGUGGCCCCAGAGUUCCUUGUGCCCUUGGUGGAUGUGACCUGCUUGCUCGGGGACACAGUGAUGCUGCAGUGCAAAGUGUGUGGGCGCCCGAAGCCCACCAUCACCUGGAAGGGCCCUGACCAGAACCUCCUCGACACUGACAACAGCUCAGCCACCUACGCCGUCUCCUCCUGUGACUCCGGGGAGAUCACCCUGAAGAUCUGUAAUCUGAUGCCCCAAGAUAGCGGGAUUUAUACCUGCAUUGCAGCCAAUGACCAUGGGACUGCGUCGACUUCAGCCACAGUGAAGGUGCAAGGUGUGCCGGCCGCCCCCAACCGGCCCAUUGCCCAGGAGAGAAGCUGCUCGUCUGUGAUCCUGCGCUGGCUGCCACCAUCCAGCACAGGCAACUGCACCAUCUCGGGCUACACUGUGGAGUACAGGGAGGAAGGUUCCCAGGCCUGGCAGCAGUCAGUGGCUUCAACCCUGGACACUUACCUCGUCAUUGAAGACCUCAGUCCCGGGAGUCCUUAUCAGUUUCGGGUCAGUGCCAGUAACCCCUGGGGGAUCAGCCUUCCCAGUGAGCCCUCGGAGUUUGUGCGGCUUCCAGAGUAUGAUGCUGCUGCUGAUGGCGCCACCAUUUCUUGGAAGGAUAAUUUUGAUUCUGCUUAUACGGAACUGAAUGAAAUUGGAAGAGGUCGCUUCUCCAUCGUGAAGAAGUGCGUGCACAAAGCCACACGCAAGGAUGUCGCGGUGAAAUUCAUCAGCAAGAAAAUGAAGAAGAAGGAGCAGGCUGCCCAUGAGGCAGCACUCCUACAGCACCUGCAGCACCCCCAGUACAUCACUCUCCAUGACACCUAUGAAUCCCCCACGUCCUACAUCCUCAUUCUGGAGCUGAUGGAUGAUGGCCGGCUCUUAGACUACCUAAUGAAUCAUGAUGAGCUGAUGGAGGAAAAGGUUGCUUUCUAUAUCCGAGACCUCAUGGAAGCAUUGCAGUACCUUCACAACUGCAGGGUUGCUCACCUGGACAUAAAGCCGGAGAAUCUGCUCAUUGACCUCCGGAUCCCGGUGCCACGGGUGAAGCUCAUCGACUUGGAAGAUGCAGUCCAGAUCUCAGGUCACUUCCACAUCCACCACCUGCUGGGGAACCCCGAGUUUGCCGCCCCCGAAGUGAUCCAAGGCAUCCCGGUCUCCCUGGGCACGGAUAUCUGGAGCAUCGGCGUCCUGACAUACGUCAUGCUGAGCGGGGUCUCCCCAUUCCUGGACGAGAGCAAAGAGGAGACGUGCCUCAACGUCUGCCGGGUGGACUUCAGCUUCCCCCACGAGUACUUCUGCGGCGUGAGCAACGCGGCCAGGGACUUCAUCAACGUCAUCCUGCAGGAAGACUUCCGCCGCCGGCCCACGGCCGCCACCUGCCUGCAGCAUCCCUGGCUGCAGCCGCACAGCGGCAGCUACUCCAAGAUCCCCCUGGACACCUCCCGCCUGGCCUGCUUCAUCGAGCGCCGCCGGCACCAGAACGACGUGCGGCCUGUCCCCAACGUCAAGAGUUACAUCGUCAACCGGGUGAGCCAGGCCACGUAGCC